GUUAGGGUUAUAAAACAUGCUUUCUUGUCUGAGAGAAUUCUGUAACUGCAAGAGAAGAUGUCUCCACUUAGUCCUUCCAUAGGAUUUCUGUUGCUUCUUGUGCUGUGGAGCCCUGGUGUUAUCCAGGCAACUACUACUGGUCCAGAUGUCCUGCAACCAACAGAAUCUGUAUUAAGAAAAGAAACUUUAUUUGCAAAUGUUAAUGGAGUAGUAAAUUCUGAAGGAGUGUGUCAGUGUUCUGUAUAUCUGCCAGAUCCUGUCUUCCCAGUGGAAAAAGUGGAAUACCUACAGAAUACAGCUCUGUCCAUCAAUGUGACUUUAGAAGCUGAAGUGUCCAAGAUUCGAGAAUACUCUAAGAAAAUUGAGUCUUAUGAAAGCCGAAUUUUGAACCUCACUCACAGACUUCAAGUGAUGGAACAGACCAGUGUUAGUUAUAAUGAGUUAGAUUUUGAGCUGAUAAAAGUGGAAAUCAAGGAAAUGGAGGCUCUGGUUCUACAGCUAAAAUCCACUGUUACAGGAGGCAAUGAGAUUAUUGAGCUUUUAUAUACACAGAUUCAGAAUAUCUCAGUGGAAAUAAACAAGCUUGAACGAUUUGAUAAAAACAAUGUCAUUGCAAUUCGUCGUGAGAUUGCUGCAUUAAAACAACGGAUAAAGCAAUGUGAAGAACAGAAUACUGGAGUUCGUCCAACAGCUUUACCACCUCCUGAAUAUGGACUUUGCAACCAUGGCCCUAUUUCCAACAUCAGUAAACCUUUUGUAAUACAGCUAAACUGGAGAGGGUUUGGAUUCCUGUAUGGUUCCUGGGGUAAAGAUCCUUCUCCUCGUCCCCCUAAGAAUGAACUUUACUGGGUUGCACCACUGAACACAGAUGCAAGAUACCUGGAAUACUACAGAACAUACCAAAACUAUGAUGAUUUCUUACUUUUCAAAAAUCCAAAAGAACAGCGUAUCCUUUAUGGACAAGGCAGUGGUACAGUUGUCUUUAAUAACUGUAUGUAUUACAACUGUCAUGCUUCUGGAGAUAUCUGUAAAAUUGAUGUAGAUACUAAUACACUUAUUAUAAGAAAAACCCUUCCAGGUGCUGUAUUUAACAACAGAUUUUCUUAUGCUGGUGUUAACUGGCAGGAUUUUGAUUUUGCUGUUGAUGAAAGUGGUUUAUGGGUGAUUUACUCCACUGAGGCGAGCACAGGUAAUAUUGUUAUUAGCAAACUUAAUGAGACUACGCUCACUGUUGAAAAUACUUGGCAAACUAAGCAGUACAAGCCAGCUGUAUCAAAUGCAUUUAUUGCAUGUGGAGUCCUUUAUGCUACAAGGACUGUAAGUACCAGGAAAGAAGAAUUAUUCUAUAUGUUUGACACAAAGACUGGAACUGAAAGUCGCCUGAAUUUGGUGUUUGAUAAGAUGUUGGAAACAAUUCAAAGUAUUCAAUAUAAUCCAUCUGAUCACAAACUGUAUGUAUAUAAUGAUGGCUAUGAAGUAACCUAUGAUGCAACAUUUUCAUCAUAAAAAGAAAAUGUAUUAGGAAUGUAAUUGAAAACAAACCUGUCGAGUUUUUCAGUCUUCCAAGUGUUUCCUCAUCUCAUAAUCAUGACCGUACAUGGAUGCAAAGCACAUUACUUUAACUGAAGUGAACCAAAGAGAGGGAGCAGACAUAAAUUUCUAUUUUGUAGGCAAACAUGAAAUUUUUGUUCCAUUAACCUCAUUUCAUCAAAGGUUGCUUCUUACAGACUUAAGAAAAGUAUAAUUCAUUUUAUCUGUUGUCGCCUACAUUUGUAAAGAGGUCAUCCAGUGUACCUCUUCCAAUCCUUAAAUAUGCUGUCUCUCUCUCUCUACCUGUCUAUAUAUAUAUAUAUAUAUAUAUAUAUAUAUAUAUAGAGAGAGAGAGAGAGACACACACACACACACACACACACACACACACACACACACACACACACACACACACACACACACACACACACAUAUAUAUAUUAGUAUAUAACAUUUAUAGAGCAACAUGAUUAACAAACUAAAUUAAAAAAAUUUAAAAAAAGAAAUUGUCUUUUUAUUUGCAGGGGGCAUUCAAAAAAUAAAUUGUCUUUUAUUUGCAGGGGGCAAGCCCCCCUGCAUCCCCACACUACAUGUAAAUUAUAUAUACCACCUCCAAUCCCCACAACACAAAAUCUUUAACAGAAACAAAACUCACAUGGUUCAAAUAGCAUCAGCUGGUCUGACUUUUUUUUCAUGCGAUGAUUGCACCAUUCGACCACCUCAAUGGCACCCAUAUAUUUAGAUAGAUAGAUAGCUAUAGCUCUAGAUAUAGAGACAGAGGUAUAGAUAUAGAUUUGUGUAUAUAUUGAAAAUAUUGCUUUAGACAUUUCCGAUGCUGUUUGCUCAAUGAACCAUAAUAUAGUUUUGAAAUAGUUAGGGAAAAAUGCAGUCAGUGUUACAUGGCUGACUGUCACAUUGCCUAAAGCAUCACAGGCCUGAAAUAAAACUAGUGCAUAUAAGUAGUUUUCUCUGGUGGGGUGGUCAAAAGCCUACACCACCUCAUGUCAGGGACUGCGUCUCUGUAUCCCCCUCAGCAUAAUAUAAUUAACUCCGAGGUUGUUGUCCUGUUGUGCAGACAGGAAAGAACCUUAUGCUUUUCUUCAGCUAUCUUGAUUUUCAUCUCAUAAUGUUCUUUCACCUGAAUUGCUAAUGCUGUAUGCCCUACUUCCAAGAAAAAAAUGCUAAGCUGAGUAGACUGAGCAUAUUUUACUGAUUAUGCCAAAUAUCAAUUUCCGAUUUACUGGGAAGUAAAUAUUUGCAGUGAAAAAAUGUUUUUAGUCCAGAAUCUUCACUGCAACAUGACUGAGGAAAGGGAAAUUAAUAGUUUGUUACUAAUAUGGUGAUCUCAGAAAAUUUUGAAGGUAUGCCACAAAUGUAAAAUUGUGAUCAGAAUAUUGCAGACAGACAUUUUCAAAACUGUUUUUAUUUUCUAUGUGAGUACAAGGCCUCUGCUUGACACCCUUGCACCAUAAGCCAGCUCCCUUUUACCCUCACACCGUAAGCUCUCUCCCUUUUAUCCUUAUACCGUAAGCCCUCUCCCUUUUACCCUCACACCAUAAGCCCUCUCCCUUUCAUCCUCACACCAUAAGCCCUCACACCACCUCUACUUAUUAUAAUCAUCUCUGAAUUCAGCAUUAAUCCCAGAAAGGACAGAUCAUUAGAUCCCACAAAGUCCAAAGUCUUUGCAUUUCACUUGUCUUCAAUUUUUUUUUCAAAGCAAAGAACCAUUUUUAAAAUGCAGUGCUUGAAUUAGUGAAAUCUCAGCAUUUGUCUUUUGGCAGAAGAAGUGACACCCUUGUUAAGUGCCUGAUUAAAUUUACCAAAGCAACAUAUAAUCUGAGGAUAUUAUACAUUAUGAACUGUAAAUGUAAAUGACCAUGGUGAAACUAUUGUGAAAUUAAGAAAUGUAGUUCUACAAUUUGUAGAAAUUAAAAAAAACUUAAAUUUUAUAUUGCUGCUUUUAUUGUUCUUCGCUAUUAAAAUUCCUUCUGUCAUUUGGAGUCCUUAGCUGUCUUAUUCUUUUACCACUGAAAAUCAUAAAAAUGCUUCUGUGCUCUUCUAGAGUACAGUACUGAAGUCUGCUAUGGUGACUGUCAUACAACUGAUAUUUCAGGCAAGGCUUGCAAGUUUCUUGUUCAAAUGAUCAACAUAAUUUUGACAGGGUACAAUUCUAUUCUUUUACAUACCUCAUUAAAAUGUCAUUUAGAAUUCUAAAUGUGCUCAGUUUGCAAUUAAUAUUCAUAUGAACAUUGUCUGUUAAAAUUUAAUUUGCAUUCAUUUCUUUAAAGAUGUUCUGUAACACUUUUCCAGUUUUCUCAGUCAGUUUUACACCUGAUUUUUGCUCCUGUACCUGAUACUUGAUAUUAAACUGUUUACUUUAACAUUGUUA